UUUCCUUCCGAUCUGUUCAAGAAAAACUUCCCAUUAGACAGUAAUGAGUUUCGGUAUGAUGACAAGGGGAUUGAGGUCAAGGUUAGAAUUUACAAAUACAUGUUUUAGAUAUUGAAUGUCACAUUUUUAAAAUUGAUAAAUGGAUGAUGCCGCAUCUAUGUCACAUUUCUUACACGUGGUGAUGGAAUCAUUGCAGCGGUGCACAAUGCCCCGUAACUUCCACAUCCUUCACCUGCCUUUGUUUGUGAAUAGAGUGAUGGAAUCAUUGCAGCGGUGCACAAGGCCCCGUAACUUCCACAUCCUUCACCUGCCUUUGUUUGUGAAUAGAGUGAUGGAAUCAUUGCAGCGGUGCACAAUGCCCCGUAACUUCCACAUCCUUCACCUGCCUUUGUUUGUGAAUAGAGUGUAAACACGGCGUCAUGUCGUUCUGGGUCUCGCAAGGAUUAAGGCCGUACAUUUUCUGUUCAACUUGCAGACCUUGCUACGGAUGUUUGACCAGGGCUCUCUGUACCGAACUCUUCACAGGACGUACAACAUGCACACAGCAGAUUGGAACACCAAGGUCAUCAGAAGGGCCAUGGAUAUGCUGGGGCAUAAAGUGUUGGAGUGAGUAUCCAUACGGGGGUGAGAGGGGGGGCAGAGGGUGAACCACCAAGGUCAUGAGGAGGGCGAUCGGUUUUCUCAGCGCUUGCGUUUCCAAAAGUUUUUUCGCGUAGACCAUGUGUUCCUGUCAAUGCUGAUACAAUUUUAUUAGCGUUCGUUAUGUCACGGCAGGCUUUUUGCCGGCACCUCCGUUAUUCAGUGUUGUCUUCUUCAAUUGUUUUCUUACCGUGUCUAUUUCCUUAUUAUUAUCCAUACCAGGUUUACUAAGAAUGUGCGGUUUUUUUCUCCUUUAUUUUAACACAUCACUCUAAAAAUCUUCGAUUCUACUCAUUGUUCAUUCUUCAUUCAACCACCUUCAUUUCCCCAGCUUUGACGGUAUCUAUAACGUUAGAGUCGCCUUUACAACGUACGAACACAGCGACAUGAAAGGCAUGCUGGUCAACAAACGCCUGUUGCUAAGGACGCUUAAGGUAGGCUUUGUUUAGUUUUGCCCUAUUAUCAGAGUGCUAUUUGGCACCAGCCAGAUAAAACCCUAGUUUACAUAAUGUGGCCUGUCCUAUCCGAAAGCUCGCAGAAGUCGAGCUCCGAUCUCCGAGAAUGUCCCCUGCCCACCAUUGGUGUAUGACAGAACAUCAGGGAUAUUAGUCUAGCAAUACCAGGGGUUAAGCAAGGGAAGCGGAGAGGGGGUCAUGCAUGCCGUGUCGCUAGGGGGGGUGGGGGGGCUGGGAUCAAACUACUCGAACUACGAACUGAUUUAAUGGCUUACCUGAAGGGUUUUGUGUGCUUCCGUUCCCCAGAAGUUCUGAUGGACAAUGACCGAAAAGUAAAUAGAUAAAUUAAAUUCAGUGUUCAUCAUUCGUGGACAGAACUAUUCCAGGAUUCGGCCAGCGUCUUUAUGUAACAUCAAUCAAACGUUAAAAUAUGUUGAUACUUUUGUUCGUCGUCCGCAUGCGAAGAAGAUGACCAAGGCAAUUUUUGACUUGAGCAGACCUUUGACUUGAGCUUUAUUUUGAUUAAAGUGAGGAAGAGUUGCUCAAUUAUUCAGCGGUACUCUCUCGUCUUGGUUUCUUCGAUCGAAUUGCAAUAUUUAGUCAAGACCACUGGACAUAGACCAGGAUGCAGUAGAUGAUCGUCAGCUUGGCGUGUUUUAUUCUCUUUAUGCGUACUAUGUCACAGAAUUUGUCGGAGUUUCAUUGUUUCAAAUUCAUAACGCCUACGGGACUCCAUCUCCGGGUUUGAUUUCAGAGCUUGCCUCUCUCAGACGAGUUGCUAAUCCUAUGUUUACGAGUCCCAACCACCCGGGGUGCUGGUGAUGUUUUUGCAUGUCUGGGCGUUUUCUGCGGAUUGAGACCCAGUCCGCUAGUUUGGACUGCUCGCAGCGCCACCCAGCACCCAAUUCGUACACAAUAAUAGAAUUCGGGGGAGGGAGGGGUGGGUUGGGGGUCAAUUUACUUUUUCGUCGACAAUCUAAACAAUUGCAGAUAUCUCAAAUAUAACUAACUGGACCAUCAUCCCUAUAACUGUUUGAGAUCUGCUGUGAAUUAGAGAAUUAAGUGGAAGGCAAUGAAGGGCCUAGAAGGAAAUGAAAGGCCUAGAAGGAAAUGAAGGGCCUAGAAGGCAAUGAAGGGCCUAGAAGACAAUGGAUGGCCUUGAAGACACUGGAGGUCCUAGAAGGCAAUGGAGGUCCUAGAAGGCAACGGAGGUCCUAGAAGGCAAUGAAGGGCCUAGAAGGCAAUGAAGGGCCUAGAAGGCAAUGAAGGGCCUAGAAGGCAAUGAAGGGCCUUGAAGGCAAUGAAGGGCCUAGAAGGCAAUGGAGGGCCUAGAAGGCAAUGAAGGGCGUUGAUGGCAAUGAAGGGCCUUGAAGGCAAUGGAGGUCCUAGAAGGCAAUGGAGGGCCUAGAAGGCAAUGAAGGGCCCAGAAGGCAAUGAAGGGCCUAGAAGGCAAUGGAGGGCCUUGAAGGCAAUGGAGGGCCUUGAAGGCAAUGAAGGGCCUUGAAGCCAAUGGAGGUUCUAGAAGGCAAUGGAGGGCCUAGAAGACGAUGGAGGGCCUAGAAACCAAUGAAGUGCCCAGAAGGCAAAGAAGUGCCUAGCGUAAAAUUGUUUUUCUAAAUGCUAUGAGGUGUUACUUUUAGGUCGUUUCAAUGUUGUUUUGGGGGAAUGAUUCAUUGGACCCUUCAUUUCCGGGGCAGCUCUGUGGGCGGGUGAUCUCCCCGAUGAAGUUGUUGCACAGAAUCAAGCACAUGAGAGCUCACCUGGAGGAGAAGGGCAGGAUACAGCUGUACGAGUUCUUCAACCUGAUUUUAUGGUAGGUCACAUGUCAUUUUCUUUCACGGUAGGCCAAACGUAAUUUUGUUUUACGGUAGGCCAAAGUAAUUUUGUUUUAAUAGGUAGGUCACACGUAAUUUUGUUUUACAGUAGAUCAAACGUAACUGUGUUUUAAUCUGUAGUUCAAACUUAAUUUUGUUUUAAUCUGUAGUUCAAACGCCAUCUUGUUUAAUACUGGCCCAAAGUGCCGCCUUGCUAACGUAAUUGCUAGGAAUACUUUUCCAAUAAAAGUAAUGGCGAACGUGAGUAACAUGUGUUUCCUGUCGUGCUAGGUGUGAAUGGUAUCCCGCGUUUGACCCGGAAAAAGUUGAGAGCGCCUCAGGAAAGAACGAUUACUUAUUCAGGGUAGGUAAUUAGUGUGAUGCAUACUUUUUUUUUUUAGCACGCCAUUAAUGAGAACUCUUCUAAAUAUGCGUCCCUUAGGUUAAAAAUAAAUACCCGUGUCAUCUCCGUCUCUUCACUCUCAAGUUGUUCAAUAGAAGAGUUAUCCUCCUAUAAACUGCGUUUUUCUCUCUCAGGUGGUGGAUUUCCACCGUCUUCUGUCACAUCAUGACGAGAGGAUGUUCAACAGGCUCGAUGCCCAGUAUCUCAAGGAAGAGAGGAAUUUCGGGAGAGAAGCCCCGGGGCCCAGGUCCGCGUUUGCUGACCCCGUUGUGGACACGGGCCACAGAAUCGGUCAGGCAAGUCCAGGCUGGGGGUCAUGACUUGGGUCAUGACUGGGGUCAUGAGUUCAUGACUUGGUUCAUUAGUUCAUGACUGGGGUCAUGAGAUCAUGACUGGGGUUCAUGACUGGGGUCGUGAUGAGACAUGCGCGGAGGGCUGCCUUCACGUUGAAGCAGUAAGAAAUGCACACACGGGGGGGGGGACCCCAAGGAGGACAACACAAAGUGAUAUUGGACUUUUCAGUCAAGGAAGUCAUCGAAAGGAAAAAAAAGGACUUUGAGAUAAGGAGGGGGUUUAACGUGUACCUCAGACUCACUUCAGAGUUGCCCGUCAUAUACAUAAAGAAUUGUACUGAUGAUAAUAAUUCAUAACAAUAAAAAUNAGAAAGAAAUGCACACACGGGGGGGGGGACCCCAAGGAGGACAACACAAAGUGAUAUUGGACUUUUCAGUCAAGGAAGUCAUCGAAAGGAAAAAAAAUGACUUUGAGAUAAGGAGGGGGUUUAACGUGUACCUCAGACUCACUUCAGAGUUGCCCGUCAUAUACAUAAAGAAUUGUACUGAUGAUAAUAAUUCAUAACAAUAAAAAUGUGGGGGUUGAUAGUAAUUUUAGAAGUCUUGCAGAUAAGGAAGUCGUCUGGGUAGGGCAGGAGAGGGCAUUUGCACCACCCCCCCCCCUGAAUUUGAAUGUUUUAUUUAAAUGGCUAUGUAAUGUGGUGCCUCCAGAAAUAAACACCUUAACAAGCCGACCAAGUUUUGGUUUAACCCCACCCCCCUUUUUUUUCCUUUUGAAAAAAAUCUGAAAUGAUGCCCCUGCUUGUAGAUAUAAUGUAUACAAUGCCCUGAUGACUACUUCCCUUUCCUUUUUAUUUUAGUUUUAUGUCUUCCGAAUAUAUAUAUAUAUAUAUAUAUAUAUAUAUAUAUUAUAUAUAAACAUACAAUUAUUUUCAUCGCUACUUCAUAAAUAUGUGUUUUCCAAUGGUCUUAGGCGACCCCUGUGGUCGUUUGACCCCCAAUGGGAUCGUGACCCAUAGGUUGAGAACCGCUGCCUUAAUACAACCUUUAUCAUCUUUGCACCACGUUAUAUUUUUUAUGAAAUUCUUCUCUUCUGCAGCAUCGUUAUUUUGUUUUUUCAAAAUAAUUCCCGCAAAAUGUGUGAAUAUUCCGUUGCUAAUCCUUGUUAUAUGCCUCCCUCACAGAUGCGCCCUAGGGCAUAAACCAUGGCCUAGGUCUGUGUACAACCAAUCAACGACAACUCACAGAUAGGUUUUUUUGUCCUUAAAGCAAUCCUUGCGACAAAUAUUUGAAGAGACGACGUGGACAUAUUUUAACUGGAUGUCUAGACAUUUUCAAACUGUGACUUUUUUUCUGCUCGUUUAGGCAGAGUAUCAUAAGGAGAAAUAUCGCCAUCUUAAACAGGAAGUUGUGGAAUCUGAGAAGCGUGUCCACUGUGCGCAUGCCGGAAGUGUUAGAGAUCGUCCAAUCAGUGCACCGGAUUUAAACGGGUAUAAGUUGACGAAAGCAGAGACAGGUGGGCUGCUUUCAGGACAGUUCAGGAAAAGAAUUCAAUCAGCUCCUUCCAGAGGUUUGUGCAAAUUGAACAAUAUAUAUAUAUAUAUAUAUAUAUAUAUAUAUAUAUAAACUUGUUUUAGUAUACUUCUUUAUACUGGUACUUAUUAAAUAACUAGUUCAUUUUCAAUGUAAACGUCAACAUGUGUGUUAGCUACAAUUCAAAUUAUUCAAUGUUGCCAAAUAUUUUAUCUGAACUUUUUGCGGGCUAAAUAAAAAAUUGUGGUAAGGUUUUUAACGGAAAGUAUUUGGGAGGGAAAAAAAUCUGAAUAUAAAGAAAGUCGUAGAAGAAUUUAUCUAAAUGUCUUUUAGUCGGAUGUCCAUUUUGGCCAAACUGACCGCCUUAGCUAAAUAAUAAUGAUAAAUCAAGACAUUAAAGUAAAUAAAUGUGAAUGGAAAAAAAUAGAAUCUUACGAGGCUUUUGAUUGAUCCUUGCAAUGGCUGAAUGGCUGAAUGAUGGCCGACUGAUGGUUGACUGAUGGCUGAAUGAAGGUUGACUGAUGGCUGAAUGAAGGUUGACUGAUGGCCGACUGAUGGUUGACUGAUGGUUGACUGAUGGCCGACUGAUGGCUGAAUUAUGGUUGAGUGAUGGCCGACUGAUGGUUGACUGAUGGCUGAAUGAAGGUUGACUGAUGGCCGACUGAUGGUUGACUGAUGGCUGAAUGAAGGUUGACUGAUGGCCGACUGAUGGUUGACUGAUGGCUGAAUGAAGGUUGACUGAUGGCCGACUGAUGGUUGACUGAUGGCCGACUGAUGGUUGACUGAUGGCUGAAUGAAGGUUGACUGAUGGCCGACUGAUGGUUGACUGAUGGCUGAAUGAAGGUUGGGUGAUGGCUGACUGAUGGUUGACUGAUGGCUGAAUUAUGGUUGAGUGAUGGCUGAAUGAAGGUUGGGUGAUGGCUGACUGAUGGUUGUAUGUUGGUUGACUGACGGCUGAACUAUGGUUGAGUGAUGGCUGACUGGUGGUUGUCUGUUGGUUGACUGACGGCUGAACUAUGGUUGAGUGAUGGCUGACUGGAGGUUGUCUGAUGGUUGACUGACGGCUGAACUAUGGUUGAGUGAUGGCUGACUGGUGGUUGUCUGAUGGUUGACUGACGGCUAAACUCUGGUUGUGAAUUACUCCAUGCAUUAAAACAUCGUUCAGGUUUGUCCAGAGACUCGGAACGUCCACACGUAACCGAAAGCAUGCGGAGCCCAACCCCACGAGUGGUCACGCCAGGUGAUCUAUCCGACGUCGAGGCAAAAAUGAAGGAACUCAAUUUUGACAUCAGCACACUGGUAAUGUAAAGACUUUGGUGUAUGUCUAACAAUUCUGAAGUGCACGCACUACGGUUUGAGCGCCUCUGGGUGAAAUUAUAUUUGUUAAAAAUUAAGUGAUCAUCUCACAGUCUCAUGACACAGAUAGUACUUGCAAAGGAGUUGAGCUUUUAAAUCUGAAACUACCGUUGCAAGCUAAGGUUCACAGAAAUACAAUGGAUGCACGCAUAGUUAUAGUAACCAUUUUCUUGACGCAGGAUUGCAAAAUACAGCUGCAGCUGGAGGCAGAAAUGGAUUUCUUUAUCCCUGGAUAUAAGGACAGAUUACCAAAACAAAAACAAGGUGGGUACAAAUAGAAAUGUGUAUAGUCAUAAGUUUUGGGGAGAUGAUUUUGGACAAUGUGGACAGACCGAUAGAAUGAUUUGGAAUAAUGUAGUUCAGUUUUUCUGGUUUUUUUCUCCUGCUUGUGUGUCCACUAGAGAAUAGAGCAAAACAUUGCAAAUUAGCCACACAAAAAAAUCUCGUGAAAGUGUAUCAGAAUAUUUUUUUUUUGUUUUGGUGUAAAUUGUAUAUUUCUAUCAUCCAUACAGAAGAAGCUGUUUUGCCCGAAGCCAAGAAGAAGCCACGGCUUUGGACAGCAGAAAGAAUCAAAGAUUUGACCUACCCACAUGUGGCACUGCCACCCACGCAUGCCAAAACGUGUGACGCAAGGUAUGUAGACAAUGUAUUGUUUCUGGAAAAAAAAAUAUGGUAGCAUUUCAAAUAAAUACAUGAGCCUUUAUGUGAGACUUCAUGAGCCUUUAUGUGAGACUUCAUGAGCCUUUAUGUGAGACUUCAUGAGCCUUUAUGUGAGACUUCAUGAGCCUUUAUGUGAGACUUCAUGAGCCUUUAUGUGAGACUUCAUGAGCCUUUAUGUGAGACUUCAUGAGCCUUUAUGUGAGACUUCAUGAGCCUUUAUGUGAGACUUCAUGAGCCUUUAUGUGAGACUUCAUGAGCCUUUAUGUGAGACUUCAUGAGCCUUUAUGUGAGACUUCAUGAGCCUUUAUGUGAGACUUCAUGAGCCUUUACGUGAGACUUCAUGAGCCUUUACGUGAGACUUCAUGAGCCUUUACGUGAGACUUCAUGAGCCUUUACGUGAGAUUUCAUGAGCCUUUACGUGAGAUUUCAUGAGCCUUUAUGUGAGACUUCAUGAGCCUUUAUGUGAGACUUCAUGAGCCUUUAUGUGAGACUUCAUAAAACUCAGUCGUUCACACCUUCUGGGCAUUUCGAAAAAUGACGCAAAAUCUGUUGUGGCCAUUUUACAUUCGGCUCGGGGAGGACUUCUUUGUUUUGCGUUUUACGUCACAGUUUUCUAAUAAUACUACAUCUUAAUCCAUUAUGGGGAAAAUGUUAAAGAAUAAAAUAAAAUCUUAGUUUAGUUGUGAAUAUUUUAUGUAUUUUUGAAUUUUUUAAUGUGUGACGUGACACUAAAGGGGUUGGGGUGAGUAAAGAAUUUGUGACACUUUGUGACGGGGGGAGGGGGUUGGAAAAUGUAAUUUUUGGCGUGACGUAAUUUGCGAACGACACCCUUACAUAAAAAAUCGUCCCCCACCCCACUCUUAUUGUAGUUUUACUUUUCCAACCAAUCAGAUUCCGUGGUUGGGAUGACGUCAACACACAGCCAGGGCACCACGUGGUUCUAGACACACGAACCCACGAACAGUCCGAGAAGGGAAAGCUACUCUCCAAACUGGAACGCCGGACCAUGACCCCAGUCCUGCACGUGCACCCAGGGUACAUCGUUCGUUACAACAAGAGAGCAAACUUUGCCAGGACCAACCACCUCCUCAGAAAACAUCCUUGUACAUCAGACGUUGAGCCAAAAGGUUUAGACAAUGGCCCGCGUGUCGGUGACCCACUGAACGAAGGCUUGCCUGAGGAAAAAGUUGCAGAUGAAAAUGAUCGAGUCUCUAGCAAAACUUACACCGAAAUGUCAGAGUCUCAAAUGGCGUCAUUGAGCGUUGGAAGCAAGCACGCGGAUUCUACAGUAGAUGGUCGUCAGCAGCCCAGAGAGGUCAAUGACGGUAAGACGGGUGAUGGUUGAACAUAAAAAAAGCCAAAGGGUCGGUUCUUGGGUAAACGACAUUAUCAUUUAAGUCUUGUGGUAGGAUUUGCCUCACCCCAGAGGCCUGAAGUAGGUUUCACCACGCCCCUGUGGUAGGUUUCACAAUGCCCCUGUGGUAGGUUUGACAACGCCCUUGUGUUAAGACGGACCACGCCCCUGUGGCAGGGUUGAACACGCCUCGUCAACGGAGGGAAAGAAUAAGAUAAAUAUUUUUUUUUUUAAAUAUACUUGAAAUGGAUUUAGGGUCAUCCCAUCUACAGGGGAUGCCAUCCGCUUGAAUCCGCCACUGCCCAUACAGCUGGAUUCUCGCCUUAAAUUUACAUUUAGCGGAGGCGGAUUCAAAAAAUGGUGCUCGAAUUAGGAUGAAAAGAGUUAUCAUUUUAGAACACAUCAGUUCCGUUCCAACCUGUGAUCGUCUUUGUUUUCGACAUUGUAUGUUCCACGCAGAUGUAUAGCUUGCCUGGUAUUUGAUUUAUUCUUUCAGUUUCAUACAGCGUACACGACUUGUUGUUUGUCUUCCGGUAAGUCUGAACAUUUCACAUGUCAGCGAAUUGUUUAAAUCAAAUGCAUUACAUUCUUUACCUGUUAGGUCAAGUCGCCCCAACGUUGGCCCAGCUAGUGCCUGUCCCCUACAUGGAACAUUCCGGUCCUAAAAUUGUAAAUGUGGGUCAAAUCGGGACCAUAUCUUUGCUGGAGAAUAUCCAGGUUUGUUGGCUACUGUGGUAUUGUUGACAUAAAUCCUGAUGUGUUCCUUUCAGGGCUUUUCUUUUUUUUUUUUUUAGCUUGUCCACGUGUGUUGACAGGGAGUCCAAAUAAGCUUAGGGGCCAUUCAUAAAUGAUGUCACGCUAUUGUGUCUGAUUUUUGGACCCUUCUCCGAUGUUUUUUAAACGUCUCAAAUUGUCACACAACUUAGACAUCCUCUUUAGACAUCCUCAUUAGACAUCCUCAUUAGACAUCCUCAUUAGACAUCCUCAUUAUAAUCAUUAAAAUUCGUUAAUUCACCCCCGCAACUCUCGAUGCGUGAUGGCAUUCAUGGAUCGCCCCUUGUCCCUCAAAACUAUCAUCAAAAUAGAUUCUGAUCUCUUCUCGCAGGAAGCAGCAGAGUUGGAGGACAGAUUUACCACCUGCUCAACAAUAAACCAUCAUUCUCACGAGGAAGAUGCAUCACACAGGGACACGCAGAGAACCAAGAUGGCGGACGUCCACAAACUGAGCGCAUUUGAUGACGCCGACGCCCGCGAGCCGCCACGCGGACAAAACAUAUCAAACCUGACCAAUCACAGGAACUGCGGGUCCCACCCGUCCCAACGGGUGAAGUCUCCGCACGGGAAGCUACGGGAAUUUUGCAGUGCUCCCGUAAGAGGGAAUGACCCAAUACCAACGUCGCCUGGCUUGCUGGGGGAGAAAAUGAAGGUUAACGAGAAGCGUUCAAUGCACACCAGUCGCGAGACGCUAACGUCAGAGGUGCCUGGACACAGAAUAGGACGUUGGCGCCAUUCAAGAGCUGUGAACCCAGACGCGGGCCGGACGCGUGGCAUUAGUGGGACCAGCAAAAUGCGACCCAACAAGGCCGGCAGAAUGAAUACCUCCGAAAAUGAGACCAUCGAUUCGAAGGGUUUACAAAAACGUAACGCGGGAAACAGCUCAGCCGAGCAGACCGCAGAUUUUAUAGAGUGUUUGAGAGAAGAAAUUCCCCAAUCUGUAAGUUUGGAUGGACGAUCAGGCGAUGAAUUAGACACAGUUAAUCGUUUUGUCCAGAUGCCUGACGCUCCAGCUAACUCUCAGAACCUAAAUUCUAAAAUACAUUUGUGUCAACUGAAACCCAACAAUUUUACAUGUCCUAAACACGCGGAUGAGACCAAGAUAACGCGCCAAAAAGCACGCUCUCGUCUGAUUGGUCGAAUACAGAAUCCAAAUUAUAGGCUUUAUGGAAAUCGCAAUGGAAUAAUUUACGCAGUUUAACAUAUGAAUGUGUAGGGUUUUUUUUGCAUUUAUUUUUAUUCAGAUUGAAAUGGAAGUAUGAAUGUCAGUCUUGUGCUUUGGCGGAUCUGGGAUAACUUAUUUAUUGAACUGUUUCCACGAUAAACCCUGAAAAAAUGCACUCAUUGAUAAACAAUUGCUACGCUUGGCCUGCAUUCCUCUCGUCGACUCAUGUGCAUUAUUCUUUCAGAAAAAUGACCAGUUGAAACGCAAAAAGAUAUUGUGUCGCCACAUGCGGAAUUUGAGUUUGAAGACCACCCCCUCCCCUCUCCAAUACCUAUACAUAUCUGGGGCUUUUUUGGAACAGUCUAACUUGAAAAAACAAACUUUGAAAUAUCGCUUUACCUGGCAUAUGCACUAAUUCGCCCUAUAACGGGACGGUUUGGGGUUGGG